AACGCCACAGUGAGAUAAAUAUUUAUCAAAACAUGAAUAAAACGCAGUCGGCGCAUUCACAAUAAUAAGAAAAGAGUAGGAAUUGGAAAAGAUUCUCCUGAAAUCUAUUUCAGUGCGUCUGCUGAAAGUUCAGCGUCAGAAAACUGAAAACGUGGAGGUUUAGUGUCAAGUUGGGAGACGUAUUUGAAGCCGAAUUCAGUGUGUUAUGCGUUUUCGUUAACGAUAAUGGGUAUGAUAAUUAGGGUGAGAGGCAGAUUGAGGAGUUUGCAUACUCUACAAAAAUUGCAACCCGAAGAGAGAAAUGAAAAAAUUGCCGAAACUGUUUGUCUUCUGUCAGUUUUGUUCCUUCUUCCAUAUUGUUCAAGAGGACAUGCUCCGUUGCUUUUUAGCCUUGGAGGUUGGUGUUUGGCCACGUACUCCUGUUUGGUACUACCUGUAUUGAUAUCGGCCAAUUAUAAGUAUCCAGUGAGAUGGCUCAGACGGCUUGGUAAUAAACUCGUGGGUUUGUUCGUAAAAUACUAUGUUCCAGCGUGGUACAUCAUGUGUCGAAUCUACCACCCAUUGGAUAGAUGUGAAAAAUUAUUCAUGAAAAUGACUAACAUCUCUAAUUUAACUACCCAGUUAGUUUUCUUCAUGAUAUGCGACAGAGUGCUGCUUUGCUCGUUUGGAGGUACCCACUGCCCUCAAAAAAAAAUCACUGGACUCUAUUCAUUGAUGUUCUACAACGUCAUUGCCUAUUGUACAAGUUACAUCAAAGAACUCGUUGAGAAAGAAGACUGGUCAGUUACAGUGAGAAUGACGCAGCACAGCAAUAUCAAGCACGUUGCCAUGUCUGCGACCAAAAUAGUUCUAGAAUGGACCAAAGCAGUAACGUUCAUAAUUACAGUAACCUUUAUGCUGCUGGUGUUCGGAUUGGAACAGGGUUUGGAGCAUUACCAACCAACUGCUCUGUACACGUUCAUCACAUGGACCUACUACAUGUGCACUGAGAAAGUAUUCGUAGAUUUAUUUUUACCCUUCCUGCUGUGGCUUAGACUCAAAUCUCUAGAAGCGCUAGAGCCUCUUUAUGCCCCAGUUUUCCUCAAGUCAUACACGAUUGGUCUGGCUGUGAUUUUGGUGACGCUUUUGAGCUUUCAUGGGCAACCUAGAUUCACUUCACUAUCGUUUUAUCUAACUGUUUACUUGAGACUGAAAGAUAUGAUUUUAAACAGUUUGAGACAACUCAGAGACGAGAAAAGGGUACUGGAACAGUUCAGAUAUGCAACAGACCAAGAAAUCGAAAACUGCGAUGAUGUUUGCGCUGUCUGCUUGAGCUCUAUGGAAACCGCAAGGGUGACUCCUUGUCAGCAUUUGUUUCAUGCCAGUUGCUUGCGACAGUGCCUGCAUAAUUCUUCGAUUUGUCCGAUUUGUAAAAGGGAAUAUACCUUCAUACACUAAUAUAAUUAUAUGUUUUUUAAAUAAUCUUCAGUGCUAGACCAAUCAGUAUAUAUUUUUACACUUCACUUAGCUUAAGGUUUUGUAAUUAGUAUAAUAUAAUUCAUUGUGGAUUUGA